ACCAGCCUCACACAAGUACCGUAUCGCGUACCGCGCUAUGAACUCGUCAUGUCACGUCAACAGCAAUCGUACGGAUUGUGCUAGGCCGGCUGGUUAGAGCUAGAGCUAUGCACACGUAAGUGGCACAUCUCGUUGACGAAGAGGGAGAUGAAAUUUACGUAAAUUGAACACUAAUGCUUAUUGCUGAGAAAGCUGUCCAGCAUAAACAACUCUCAUACUGCUGCAAAAGCAGACUGUGGUGCCCGCUGGGAGCUUGUGUGUUCUAGGCUGUGCUUGGACGGAUCUUUUUCGUUAUUUUGGAGGAGAGCCUUUUUUUGUGUUAUUCAGUGCGCCCUGUCUAGCAUUAUAUCUUGACCGUGCGUUUGUGGGGUCAGUGAGCACCGAAACAACACAGGAGACGUGGAGUGCAUUUAUACGAAACGUGUCACGAACUCUGCCGGUGAGAUAAGUAUGACAGCUUAAAGAAUUCGAGUGGGACUCGGCAGUGAAUGCAUCAAGUUGGUGUUUACUCAAGUAACCAUCUUAGCUGCCAUGUUGGGCGUGGUCUCAAGAGCUGUGCCGGCAUGCUGCACGCUUGCCGCAAUGCUGCUGGUGCUUUCGACCGUGAACUGCUCAAAGGGUGCUGAAGAGAUUUGCGGCAGCAUGGACAUCCGCAACAAGGUGGACAACUUCAAGGAGCUGGAGAACUGCAGCGUCAUUGAGGGCGACCUGCACAUCCUCCUGAUUGAGGAGGCGUCGCCGGGGGACUACGACCACCUCUCCUUCCCCAAACUGCGGGAGAUCACAGGCUUCUUUGUGCUGUACCGCGUUUCCCACCUCCUGACCCUGCGCCACCUGUUCCCCAACCUGGCCGUCAUCCGGGGCGACACGCUCUUCUACAACUACGCCCUGGUGGUCUAUGAGAUGCUGGAGAUGCAGGAGAUCGGACUGACGGGUCUGGUGACCAUCCUGCGGGGUGCCAUCCGCCUGGAGAAGAACCCCAACCUGUGCUACAUGGACACCAUAGACUGGUCCCUCAUCCUGCGGGAGGGGACGGACAACAACUUCAUUGUCGACAACAAGGACCAAGGAGGGUGCCUGAAUUUCUGCCCUAAGUCGGGCGGCCGGAACACGUGCCGCAUGCCGACGGCCCUGGGCACUGUGAGGGAACUCUGCUGGUCAAGUGAGCACUGCCAGAAAGUUUGCCCGCCCACGUGUUUGUCCGCCUGCAAUGGAAUGAGGUGCUGUCACGACUCGUGUGUCGGGGGAUGCAGCGGUCCCACCAACCGGGACUGCAUAGCCUGCCGCAAGCUGGCCUACAACGGAGAGUGUAUCAACACCUGCCCUGCAUAUACAUACGAGUACAAAACCCACCGAUGCAUCCACGCAGCCCAGUGCCCACAGCACUGGAAACUACACAAUGGUCAGUGCAUCGAGGAAUGCCCCACCAGCUUCAUCACCAACAUCACCAAUGCACGCUACUGUCAACCGUGUGACGGCCCCUGCCCGAAAGUUUGUGAAGGCCGCAUGGUAGUCAACUCUGUCGGGGAUGCAGCCAACUUGGCUGGCUGUACCAUCAUCAACGGAUCCUUGGAAAUCGGCAUCCGGAGUGGAACCAACAUCAUGAAGGAGCUGGAGAAGAAUCUGGGCAUGAUUGAGGAGGUGACGGAGAAGAUCGUCAUCAGGAUGGCCCACUCCCUGGUCAGCCUCAACUUCCUGAAACACCUCAAGCGGAUUGGUGGAACCGUUCUGGAGAAUGGGUUGUAUUCUUUCUACCUGCUGGACAACCGCAACCUACAGCAGCUCUUUGACGUCCAGAACUACCCUAACAUCACCAUCAGCAACGGCUCCCUCUUCUUCCACAACAACCCCAAGCUCUGCGUCUCCAACAUCACCACUUUUGAGUCCCGGGCCAACUUCCUGACCCAGCCCAAGAACAACAACUUUGGCACCAAUGGAGACCAAGUAGCAUGCAGCAUGCACAAGAUACGCAUCAGUGUCAAGCCAAUGGCGAGCACACUGAUGAUCCGAUGGGGUUUUGACGUCAGUAAAAUCAGUGACAAGCGCAACUUGCUGGGGUUCAUCGUUUCCUACCGAAAAGCGCCUUUCAAGAACGUGACAAUUUUUGAUGGAGAGGAUGCUUGUGGCACGAGCCAGUGGGAGACGAUCUACGAGAAUCCGGGGGAGCCUUUCACCUUACUGGUGGGGUUGGAACCCUGGACGCAGUACGCCAUCUUUGUGCGGUCCUAUAUGAUCGCCAACACUGGGGAGGGGGCCCAAAGUGACAUCAAAUACGUAUCCACCAAAGAAAAAGAGCCAGGCCCACCCUCAGACCUUGUGGUGCUGGCCAACUCCUCCAACCAGCUGGUGGUGUCCUGGGGCCCGCCCAAAAAGCCCAACAGUCUCGUCGUGGAGUACCGGGUGCGUUGGCAGAAGCAGGAGUUGGCUGUCAGCCAGUUCAGCUCUCGCGACUUCUGCCGAGAAAAGCCACCCACGCUGGUGUCAGAGGUCAUCGUCAAACCGGAAGAACAGGACACGGAGGGGAACCAGACCUGCCAGGAGGGCUGCUGCCCCUGCCCGAAAGACAAGGAAACCCUGAAACUGGAGGAGGAGGAGGCACUCUUCCAGAAGCAGUUUGAGAACUUCUUGCACAAUCAUGUCUUCAUUCAAAGGGAUUACGUCGGGUUAAACCGAACGAUCUCAAGGCCUGAUGCCAAGAGGCGUCGCAAACGCGAAGCUCCCGAGGACUCGCCUGCGGGUACUCCCCCUUCCGCUUUCACCACCCUGUCGCCGGGCAGCUUUCGGGUCGGGAACAGUACCAGCCCUAGUCCGGUCCCGGGCCUGGGGACUUCGCCAGCCCCCACCCCACUGGUCUUCAUGGAGCAGUUUGUGACCAACACCACCUUUGUGCUGGAAGGACUGGAUCACUUCACCGAGUACAUGGUUGAGGUCCAGGCCUGUAACAAGGUGACGUGCGGCCUGAAGAUGGCCACCUUCGGGAGAACGCUGCCAAAGCGUGACGCUGAUGCUGUGCCGCCCUCCCUGACGGCCAAUGUCACCUCCAAAGACCCCCAAAACAGGCGGGUCAAGCUUAGCUGGGAGGAGCCCCCCUCCCCCAACGGCAUCAUCAUUUUGCACGAGAUCGUCUACAACAAGAUCGAGGCCCAGGACAGAGAGGCUCCCCCGUCAGGUUCCGGUGACCAAACCGGCAGCGAGAAGAACAGGGAAGACGUGGUGGGCAAGGAAGCAACUCCAACCCCAGAGAAUAAGCCGAAAGGCGUAGAGAUCUGUGUGUCAGCGGCCAGAUUCCGCCAGCAGGGCGGGUACGAGUUUGCCGGGCUGGAGCCCGGCAACUACUCGGCUCGAGUGCGGGUCUUCUCGUUGGCUGGAGAGGGAGUUUGGACGGACCCAUUAAUGUUCACUGUGCCUGAGCCAGUUCGUGUGCCCACAGCGGUCCCGAAUUCAGGCCUUGGGGCCAUGGGGAUCACCAUCGGCUCCUGUGUGACUGUUGUCAUCAUUCUCGUCGUCGCAAUCUGGUGUCUCAUCAGGUGGAGAUACAAGAAAAACCAAAUGCCAGAUGGUGUGUUAUAUGCUUCAGUGAACCCCGAGUACAUGAGCACCAGUGACAUGUACGUGGCGGAUGAGUGGGAGUUCCCUCGCAAUCAGCUAGACAUCAUCUGCGAGCUGGGCAAGGGCAGCUUUGGCAUGGUGUACGAGGGCCGAGCCAAGAAGAUCCUCCCCGACGAAGAUGUGACCACGGUCGCGGUCAAGUCGGUGCAAGCAAACGCCUCCAUCCGGGACCGCAUUGAAUUCUUGAAUGAGGCCUCCGUCAUGAAGGCCAUCCACACACACCAUGUGGUCAAGCUACUUGGUGUGGUGUCAAAGGGCCAGCCUACGUUUGUCAUCAUGGAAUACAUGGCACAAGGUGACCUCAAGAAUUGGCUGCGUGCCCGUCGACCCGAGAAUCAGACAGAUGUACCACUUCAAAACAGAAAGUACCCACCCAGUCUCCCAGAAAUUUUGAACAUGGGGGUGGAGGUUGCGGACGGCAUGGCCUACUUGACAGCCCACAAGUACGUCCACCGCGACCUGUCAGCCCGUAACUGUCUAGUGUCGGCUGACAACACCUGCAAAGUGGCCGACUUUGGCCUGGCCCGCGACAUCUACCAGUCGGACUACUACCGCAAGGAGAAAGGGGGCAUGCUGCCCAUACGUUGGAUGGCGCCCGAGUCCAUCCGGGAUGGGGUCUUUACGUCCAGCUCUGAUGUCUGGUCAUUCGGGGUGCUUAUGUGGGAGAUAGCCACACUGUCUGAGCUGCCAUACCAGGGCAUGUCCAACGAGGAGGCAGGCGAAUAUGUCAAGAACGGCAGCGUCUUAAACAAGCCGGAGUGCUGUCCAGAUAAGCUAGACGAGAUCAUGGUCAUGUGCUGGCAGUACAAUGAGAAGCUCCGCCCAACCUUCCUGGAGAUCAUCCAGCUGUUUGAGAACACCGGCACCGUGCUGCCCCGCUUUGCCCAGAACUCCUUCUAUCACAGCGAGGAGCGGCAACACCAGCAACAGGACAGCCACGACAAGCUGGACGAGGAAGAGCUAGAGCGCGUCUCCAUCCUGGGCGACAGCGAGAAGGACAUCUACGAGAACAUGGCUCCCAAGGAGCGCAAGCGAAUCCCCAAGAAUGGACUGGUGCCGGCCAACGGCCGGGCCGUGCACAACGGCUCCAAUGACAGCUCCAUAGGCAAAGUGACACAGUGCUGAGGUCUUCUUGCCGGUGGUGCGACGAUGCCCCAACUGCACAUGAGGGCAAGCAAAAGGCUGGAGCACAUGUGCCUUGGGCACAUUGAGUGAGAGGCCAAGAUGGGAAGAACAAAUGUAUGUAUAUUGCGUAUGUAUAAAUGUCAACACCUGUGCAUAUUUGUUGAAGACUUGUUGGGAAAACCGUGCAAGACGUAAAUAACAUUAUUUUCUUGGUGUUCACUAUUGACGAAAAAUCAUUGUACAUGUGUAAUUCACCGAACUUUACUGGCAGUGCGACUAGUUAAUACAAACGUUCAUAUCGGAAAUUGUUUGAAUUAUUCACGAAUAUGGCAUGAACUAAUGUUGAUUGUUGCAAAAUCCUGAAGGAUUUUGGAAGAUGAGUCAGGCACCUCUCUCUUGUAAUCGGAAGGUGGCAUGGUGCUUAUUGAACAGGAGGUGGCGGUUGGCGAUUAUUGAUCAAAUUCAAUUGAUUAUUGAUAAAUUGAACUGCACAGACAGACAGCAGGGGAUGGUUGAUGCUUUUUCUGUCCUGUAUAUAUUUUAGAUCAUGAGCAAAAGCGAAUUGCCCGUUCAAAGUCAUAUCAGUUGUCCUGGAGUGCAGUUCUAAUCAAAGGUUGGCUGUCUUUGGAAGAGACUGGUAACUCUGACUUUGAAUGUGUAAAGAAAUGCGUUUUCUGGCGUUGAUCGCAGAGAAAGUCAGGGAGGUGGUCAUUGCAAGACUGCCUCUCUCUUGGAAAAGCUCUUCUGGAAAAAAAAAAAAAAGGUUAAUCUGCUCUGAGCAGGUGGAAGCAAAUAAUAAAGACCAGAAGAAACAUUUGAACUUGCUUAACAUGCUGGCAUUGAGACGUAACUCGUGACAUGAAUUACCUCUUUUGUAUAACAUUUAAAAAUUGAUGGCAAAUGAGAAGAACUUCUGAAUGAAAUUGACAAUUUGACCAAAAUGGUCCCCACAAAUAGGAUUUUUUUUUCUAUAAAGCAAAACACGAUAUAUUGUAUAUGAAAGAGUUUAUUUUGUAUGGAGAGUUGUGUAAGGGUGGGUGAGAGCGUGUGUUGUUUGCCCUUUUUUUGUUGUAUUUAGUUUUUCAAGUGACAUCAUGUGAUUGUUGCAGAGAUGUAUUCCAAACGUAGUGACUAUCAAAACCUUUCAUGUUUAGGUAGGGAAUUCAGGUUUGAAGUCUUUCCCAAAAUGAGGUCCGAAAUUUUUAUGUGAUUGACAAAGUUACACAGCUACUAAAUUCUGAAGGAAAACAACCCAAUUUGGAAAUCAAUUUAGACAAAUCUCCAUUUUGAAUGAAGUUGUGGUAAAACCGAAAAUCACCCAAAAGGUGAUAUUUUUGCAAAUUUGGCCACCCACACAAGUUGUAGGCAAAACGAGAGGGGUCUAUAUAGUUUGCUUCAGAGAUACUGGACUACCUUCCAAGUGAUAUCAUCUCAGGGGUAGUUCCUCGUAGUCCCUCAGUAGAUGAGACUUGAGGCUAUGCAUAGUGGAAGUACUAACUAUGGACAAGUUUGCAGUGACACCAUGUGGAUAUAUUAUAUAGUGCCUCAGUGUUGGCACUUAGAGAUAUAGUACUUAAAUGAUAUUACUUCUGUGUGGGUACACGUGGUGUCUCGGAAACACCUCAAGAGAAUAACGCUGCUACUUAUCUGGUACCACCUGCAGUUUAGAGCCAUCACCAGGAUAUGUGCAUGGAAGCACUGCAGUUUACUUGUCAGUGCUCUUACCGUUUUUACGGUUUGACGGAACAAUUCGCAACAACCUGCAUGUAAUUGAUUCUGAAGUACCACCAACUACAUGUACAUGUAAAAGAUGUCGCGUGAGGUUUUGUCUUGCCUCAACAAGAUGAAACUGAUUCAUUCAGAAGUACUACAUCGAUGCACGUUCCUCGUGCUGUCCUCCACCGUGUUUUGAGUGUUUUUCUCAAUUUGGUGUUGUACUUGGAUCGUGUGAGACAGUGCGGCGUGUGAUGGUUGUGUGAGUCUGAUUUUCCUGUAUAGAAAUAUGUGUACAUAAAAAAAAUGGAAAUUAGAUAUAUCACCACAAUAUAUAUAAAUAGUUUACCAUAGUGCUUUAAAAAAUAGUCAAAAUAUUCAAUGUGUGUUUUAUUUUAUGUCUGUGCCAAAGUGACAAAAAGUAAGUAGUUUUUGUAGAGCUGCAGUACACAAGUGCACCGGGGACCAUGAGUUUAUUGGUCUAAUUUCUGAAUACCAUACAGAGAAAUAAUGGCCCUCCGAUGAUAAGGACUUUAUUUUAGGACAUUUUUGAAGCCACGAAAGGGGACAUUAGGUGGCGACUGAAGCUGCAAAAGCACUUUUUGGUUCCUUCCCCCCCCCACCCCAAAGUGUCGGGACCAACCCCUCUUGUCCAUUUCAGCAGGACUGCUGGGCAGUACCAAGUGACCUUCUUGUCGGGUCGCGCACCUUCAAAGCAAGGCACGGUACAUUCAUGCAAAUAACAGCUCCAGUCUCAAAAUAUCGAGCAGAAAACAACUGUCUCUCUGCUUUCAAUUUUUCUUAUUAAUCUCAACAGUGUUCAGUAUCAGUACCGGAUCCCAUCGGAAAUGAAUUUUCACUCAUGCUUACACUUUAAUGAAUUCAUUUAUCAUUCUUAGAUGUCUGUCUGAAGUUUAAUUUGUUCGUACCGUACUGACAUGUUUUCCUGUUUCCAAACAGAAUUCCCAUUGUCACAAUGUUUUUCAGUUAAAUUUCAAACUACUAGUUCCAGUAAUAUGAUACAGAAUCGUCCAUUAACUAAUGUGAACAUUAGCUGUGUAACUUGUACUACAUGUAUUAUCUCAUUUAAAAAGUACCUCUUAUGUUGUCCAAUAAACUGAAUUUUUUUUUAUUUUUAUUUAUUUACUUUUUUUAAAAUCCGUAUUGGCUGAUUAAUGGCAUAAAAGCCCAGUGCAAUAUUUGACGAGUGUGCUGUGUGCCUUUUCCUGCUGUGCAGAAGCAGAUAAAGAAGUCCUUUCUUUUCCCCAAAUGUUGACUAACAUUGUAGAACUCCACUAGUAUCACACAGCAGGUUGGAUCAUUGGGCCUUACUUAUUAUACCUUACCCAGCUGGUGGUCACGGUGUAAACUGGAUUUUGGUUCAGUACAGUCUGACUGAUUAUCAACAGCAUGCAUGCACAUGUUCUCAGUUGAUAACCAGUUAGGCAGCAAACAACAUUUGUAUGCCUGGUCCCAGAAUAACCCACUGGAAUAGUUGGGCCAUGUUUUCCCCGUCAGACUACAGUGUAUUUCAUAAAGUAGUGUGGCCACUGAUCAGCCAAUUUGCCUUGGUUCAGAUUGCCUUUGAAGCAAGGAUACUAGUACAUGUAGAUCCAAAAGCGAUUCUUUUCAAGGGAGGCCAGAAGUUGGGGGAAUUUCCGUAACCUUUUGUGAACUUUUCCAAGGGGUGGGGAUAAAGUUGGGGGCAUUUUACACACUUUUGGAAGGAAAUAGUCCCCGUUAAAUUUCAUUUUUCCCCUACAAAAUUGUCCCUUUUUUGGGAGGGGGGAGGUGUAUAACCCCUUUGCCUCCCCCCUCCUAAUCUGCCCUUUGCAUUGAAGUGACCUACAUGGCACAUGUAUCUCUAUCUGUAGGCAGACUUGUCAGUUGCCAAAGAGGUACUUAAAUUAUUAACAGAAAUCAACUCAUUGUAUAGUUUGUAAGAACUAAAUUUCAGUGUGCUCGUUAAAGAUAUGUCAUUUCUGAUGGCGUGGCUAUUGACACUGCCGUUUUGUUUUUGUUGAGCGUUUAUCUUCGGCAUGUCCUCAGCUUAUGUUCCAAUACCAUAUUUACCUGCAAAUAAGGCCUGACCAAGGCCUGAGUGUUAGAGUGCCAAGUAUCGUUUGGCUGGUGGCUAUACCCUUCCGCAGUGCCGAUUCUCCCAACUGAAAUCUUCAAGCUUGCCAUAUUUCCUAGACAAUGCUGCAUCCAGCUUGAUGCAGUACCGUUAAAUGUGUUUUUUUUUUAUUUCAUUCGGUUGGAGGUUCUAAGAUAAGUGUUUCUCCUUUUUUGGGAGGUUACACUGAUGUUUAGUAUUUAGUUAAGCCCUUCCUGAUAUUUGCUAUAAAGCAGCUUUUUUUAAUUAAAUUCAAAUUAUUUGAAUUGUUUGAAUUAUUUCUGCAGCAAAAUGCACAUGCAUUAAUUAACAUGACAGCAAGUAUAGCCCACAAGGUUUUGCAGGAAGUAAAGCCAAUGCUUUCAUUCCUUAAAACAUUGUGUAGGUAUUAACAAAUCUCAAAGAAUUUGACUCAGUUCCAGACUUGAGCCAAGACUAGAAACAAGAGGGGACUUACCCACGCACGGAGGAACACAAACCUCCUUCCCAUGUCAUCAAGUAAUUACACAACAAUACGAUUCGUUAUUCAUCCUGUAAUCAAAACUCCUUCCCCAAAGUUUCUGUAUUUGUAUGUUAAUUAAUGAAGUUUGAAAGAAAAAAAUAAUGCCAAGUAUUGAGUGCCCCAAGAAGUCAAAGGACAGACACCCACCGAUGCCGUCCUCGUCUUAGUAUUUUGACAAAGCAUCUCCUUGCGAUUACAAAUGUAACAUAAUGAAUCAUUGCAUGUUUGUGUUAAAGUACUCCAUAGACAAUGUACUUAUCAAGUCAUAAGAUAUUAAGCGAAGAAUUUGGAUCAUAAAUUCAAAAAGUACUACCAUCAAUGGAAUCUCUACCUAGAGACUUGCAGUAAUCAGUUCGUUGACAAUCGCUGUGUCUUGUAUAUGCUUUAUCAACAUCAAGCUCAUUAGCUCAAACGGUUUUCUGACAAUGCAUGUUAUGAAGGCCUUCAUACAUUUUUGUAUUCAUCUAGCAUUGAAAUACACUCUUGGUUUGAUUGAGCUAAGACUGGGCUUGAUACAUGUCGACUGUAACUAUAUAUUUAUUUAUUGACACAACUCAUUUAAUAUUUUGUUGGAAGCACGAGUAGUCUUGUCAGUAAUACUACGAGUAGCCAGUUGGGUUUUUUCCCUUUUGUGCUGAGUAAAAGAACAGGCGUAAGGCAUUCUUAUUUGAGAAAUUUAAAUGUUUGAGCCUGAUCGAGGUAUUUACUGUAACCGUAUUGUGAUAUUAACACAAUUGUAAUAAAUUUCAUGCAUUCUUGAUAAUUGUAUUUGAAAACUGGACCAAACCAAGCCUACUAAUUGGCAGCUGAUAGCAGUCUUCUUUCCCCCCGUAAAAUUGGGCAAGACAAAACCUCUGCCCGUAAAUGAUAUGUAGACCGUAGCUCCAAAUUACAUGUAGUUACAACAGAUUAAUAGUGAAUAAAUGAAGCCACUUUACACGUUGACAGCAUUGCAUCCCUGCACCGUGCACAUAUUAUAAGGGUGUUUGUUUUCCGGGGGAGGGGGGAUCACAUGCCCUUCCGAGAAUGUAAACAUGAUGGUGUGUUUGAUAAACUAUUUGAAAUUUGACCAUUCAACAUCGAGAAACUUAAACAUCGUUCGUUUCGUCAAAGUGAAAGGUUAGUGAAACGAAACUCUGGACCAGUCCCUCACUAUAAAAAAAAGUGUAGAGAAACUAUCUUUUUGCACAUAUUUACAGUGAGAUAUUCUCGACUGAAUUUUGUCCAUACAUUUUAUCAAACUGUGAUUGAAGAAAGAGCCCUUUAAUUUGAAAAUUUAGUUUCAUGCUAUGCAAGUUCAAAGCCCACCCUAGCCUAAACAGAAUCGAAACACCCUGAAGAUGUUCCUCUGAAAGUGGAUCCCCCCCUUCCUGAAAAGCAAAAGUAUGGUCAGGUUUGAAACUGCACCCAUUGACUGCUAUCUAGCUAAAACUUCACUGUACCCUUUCCAGGCGUGUUGAAGUUCAAACAUACCUCAGUGAGUUUAAUUCAUGCAUUUUGGUUCCAACCCUCUAAAAGGGUCAACCGAGAUAUUCAGUAGCCUGCCAGGUUUUUUUCAGCUAAUGAAACUUGAAUAUCAGGGAUUAAUCGACCAAACUGAGUGAUAAUGUGUUCACUUUCUCCACAGAUUUUGUGUUGUGACACACAUACGUAAAUUGGAAGUUUAAAUGAUUAGGCCAAGGGUUACAAACUAACCAAUCACAACUUGCACUCACUGGACAAAACAACUUCCGCAUUGUGCAUUGAAUUGAAUUUGUUCUUUAGAAAGAUUAGCAGCAAGUUGCUUCGUACGUUCUAUUUGCUGACCAGCAGGUGAAGAAGUUGCUUUUUGAGGUAGUCGCCAAAGUGAGGCUUCAUUUGUAAAAUGUCUGAGGGAAACAUUACAACAUAUCCGAUGCAGGCAUUUAAAACUUGUCUGCGUUGUCACUGUGUACUUUAAUAGGCCAGUACAUGUACAGAAUCUUCAAGUUGUAGCUGACUCUAGAAAGCCCCACCCACUACGCAGUGGACAGUGGUCAUGGGCCUCUCAACAGUGUCAAAAUGCAUAGCUGAACCACACACGUUAUAUGCCCUGCGCUCAUGUCGGACUGUCGUAUAAACGUCGCAGAUAUAUCAUCUUGACUUUGAAUGGCGGGAACACUUUAGCGGGGUUUAAUGAAUCGAUCAAUUGCUAGGGUAACCUCACUUUCAACCCAAACGUGUCCAAGAAGCGGAAGAUUAUAUAGUGCGUUGUACAAAAUUGUUUUUCAUGGGGCCCAUGUGUGUACAUAUUUGAACGGAUAGUUGAAUCCUGUAUCAACUUUGUACAUUUUCUUAUACUGAAUGCAUUGAUCUCUGAAUGUAUUUAUCAGUUGUUAACCCAAUACUUACCCACUUCACCACACCUUUAACAUCUAUUUGUUCCUUUUCAACCGGGGUUACACGAGAGAAAAUAUAGUCCCAAAUAAAAAGAACUGGCGCUAUCCAAAGUCGUGUAAUUAAAAAAACAACAUCUGAGUAGAUGGAUGCUGUACACAUAGGGGUUGUUCUACCCGUGUUUGCCGUCCAGUGCCAACUUCAGAUUAAUCCGUCGUUUCCUUUUCCAAAAUAUAAACCUUAGCAAACAGAGUUGUCAGUAAGCAUUUGAAGUCUGACACGCCUUGGAAACUACUUUGCAAUUUUGUAAAAGAGGCUCUCGUUCCGAGUUGAAAAAAAAAUGACGAAUGAUAUAUUUUUGAAUGCCAUGUUGGUGUUGUCGUGUAGCAGUAGACAGGUAUCCCAUAAGACUGCGAAUUUCCUCUCCCAAAUGUAUUAUAGCAUGAAGUCUUGUUUCAUUCAUGAUAGAGUCACAAUGUUUGUAAAUGAAAUGCAUUGCACCAUGUAGUUUUUCUUCUUUCUUUUUCCUGUUUUAGUCCGGAUAUAUGUUGAACCUUUUCCCGGCAAGGAAAAAACGAUUCAUGCUUAAUAAAAGAUCGUUGUUCGACUUAAAAACUGAUAAUUGUUACCAUUUUCAAAUUUUUAUGAAUGGUGAUAACAGGAAAGUUAAAUAAAAAAUAUUUAUGCCGAAGACAA